GUCAGCUCUCGCAGCAGAUGGCUGAGAAAGAUUUGACUUUCCUGGCUCGGCAACCAGAAGUGGCUGAAGCCGAGAAUGAAGCGACGAAGUCAGAAGAAGCAGAACCAGGACCUCCAAGUCUUGGCAGCAUUGGUCAUCAGUGGGGUUUGUGUCGACGCCCUUGCAUUUACCACCUUGCUUGCGGUAACUGCACAAAGGGAGCAGAUUGCGGCUUUUGCCACAUGCCUCAUGGAGAGCGAGUUCCAAAGCUUGACAAGCAACAGCGCACUGUGCUACAAGAGCUAGGCGCUGGAGAGCUGUUGGCUUUGGUUCUGGAGCCAUUGAGGGCCAAAGUGGCGCAGAUGGGACUGGAGGAGAACGCAGCAGAGCUCAUUGAGCUGUUGGAGAUGGAGCGUGCUGGGCAAACCUCCGUGCUCAAGAACAACAAGAAGCAUCCAAAGCUGCAUUGCAUCCGAAAGAUCAUGGGCCGCAUGAGCAUUGCGGGCCUGGUGGGCAUUGCUGGGUACAGCCAGACCGGGACAGAUUUUCGUGAUCGGUUGACGGGAGCAGUCGAGAAGAUGCGUGGUCAGCUCCAGUGACGUGGCAUGAGGCUGUUGUCCUGGAGUUCGGAACGCAAAAGG